GUGUGUAAACAGCAGUAGACGGAACAAAAUGUCCCCGAUAAAGGAUCUAACUCUGACAUAUGAAGCUCUCAACAAACAGGACGUCUUCACGAGUGGGGAUACAGUCACAGGUCUGGUUACUUUCAUUUUGACUAAAGAAACCAAAUUUAAAAGCCUUGUAGUGAAAAUUACAGGUGAAGGAUCCGUUCACUGGACGCACGGGGUCGGAGAUGACAGGAGAACCUACAGGGAUCACAGGAGAUACAUCAGAGUCAAGGAAUACCUGAUCAAAGAAGAUUCAAAAGACAAUGAACUUUCCAAAGGGGAUCAUCGCUUUAAAUUCAGCCUCAAAUUCCCACAGCAAGACCUACCAUCAUCCUUCAAAGGGCUUUAUGGAAAGAUCGUCUACACCCUGGAGGCAAAGUUGUCCAGGAAAUGGCAUAUGGCUUCCAGGGAAGUAAAAGAGCUCAAGUUCGCUCCCAAGUCCCUACUACAACCUGUGAUGGGUGCCCAGGCUGGUUCAGUCAGUAAAGAUGUGGGGGUUUUCUCCAAAGGAGAGGUCCAGAUGUCUGCCACCAUUGACAGAAAAACUUGCUCUCCAGGUGAAACUGUGUUUAUUAGUGCCAAAAUCAACAACUCCUCUUCCAAAGAAGUGAAGGCCAAAUUCAGUUUGGAGCAGAGGAUAGUGUAUCACGCCCGUGUCUCCAGGAAAGUUGUCGGGCACAGUCUGUGCAAAAUGUCUGGGGACACAAUCGGACCAAACUCAGAGGGAACUGCCUCCUGCCAGUUGAUGAUUCCUCAUGACAUUGUCCAUACUCUCCAUAACUGUGAAAUGAUCUCAGUUACCUAUACCAUUAAGGUGUAUGUGGACGUCAGUUUUUCCAUCGACCCUGAGGUGUUGUUUCCAGUGGUCAUUGCUCCUUCCUGCUUUCUAACCCAUCAGCCUCAUGGGGGUUUUGGUCCCUAUCCAGCUGCGGCUGUUGGGGCCCCAGGCUACAGUGACUUCCCUGCCCCUGCGUUCCCUGUUGGACCGUAUCCUGUACCUUCAGGUUCGGGUGCUUAUGGAUACCCAGCACCAGGUCCCAGUCAACAUGCAAACAUAGCAAGUGGCUAUAAUAAUCCAUUUCCACCGCAGUCAGAUCCAUAUGGAUUUUCAAAUGCAGCGUACCCUCCCCCCUCAGUGCAGUAUCAGGCCCCUACUGCCCCAACUGUGCUUCAACAUGGAGAACAACCUCCAUCCUACAUGUCUGUUUUCCCACCUCAGCAGUAGCAGUGGAACUGAUAGCAAAACCUAAACAUCAAA